AUGGACCCGGCUCCACCGCCACCUCAAGGGAUUUCACUGGGAAGGCUCUUCACGCUGGUCGACUGGGAUGUCCUCGGCGCCGUAGAUCACCACGAGGAAUCGGUAGUAAAAUUCUACUCGGAGACUCCAUACCGUUCGUUGGAGGUCUUCCUAUCCAGGAUACGCUGGAUGGGUGUACUCCUCUGGGUAACGCACAUUAGGAGAUACGGAGAACCGUCACCUCUAGAGGGAAACUUCAAGAAACUGUUAAAACCGACCACCUGCUCACGCACAAUUAUCAAGCUAAUCUGCGGCGAGGAGACGCAUGAUCUCCUCCCGAAUCCGUAUUAUCCCCAAGGAGAUCCCGCUCCCAGCCGAAACUGUCCUGCACAUUGGACUACGUUUCCAGAGUUCUGCUGGACUACAGCUGACGGGAAGACGGCCCCCAAGUUCGUAACCCCGCCUCCUAAGAAACCAGAACGGGACCUAUUGAACGGCUCGUGGAAGGCAUUCACCGUGCCAAGAACACGGUCCGAGAUGAUUGCAUUGGCGUUCAGCCCGAUGUUCUGCCAUCCAUUGGUCGAUAUGGGAUGGUUGCUACCGAACUUCGCAAUGAUCCCAACCCAGUCACUGCCUCCCCAUCGUCGUGCACAGUUCGAUGAUCCGCGCAUAACCUUUGAUCAGGUGCUGGCUACUGUCCCGCCCCAAGAAGUCAGCAGGGUCACCAUGAUCGGGACGCCGAUUGACCACACCGUCCUGCCGAAGCAGACGGUUACCCCCGCUCCGUCACCAGCUACAAUACCGGUGGAGAACGCAGGCUUGCGUACGAACAACCCGUUCAUGGAAAUAUACCCAUCUGCUACCCUUCACCCAGCCUCUGCACAAGUUUCUGCCCCCCGCCACCACCAGUCUCGCACAGGCUUACCAACACCCCCUACAGCCGCUGCCCACCCAGGCGCGCAGGGUACACUGGGACAGCCAACCGCGCCCGUGGCUUACUACGGAUCCAGAGUCCCCGCGCAUAGUUCUCAUCAAGCUGCGACCGUCGCAUCUCGUGCCUAUGAAAGGACUACGCCAGUCCCUCUUCCUCCCUCUAUUCGGCCUUCGCGCUCGGAAUCGCCCGCUUCUUUGCAGGUCUCCCCGUUCGACUUGCAGCAGCCUUUCGACUUCCCCGAGAUGACACCGGCGGCAUCGUCUCCUUCGACCCCGAGCGGAAUGCGCGAUCCUCGGCAAGCGCUCUUGUCAUCGCAGCCGACUACGUCUCCUUCGCUCUCAAACGGAGCCUGCGAUCCGUGGCAAGUGUCCAGGUCGUCCCAGCCGACCGCUUACCUGACGAGUCCUCUGCCGUCGCUGGUCACGACCCGUCCUGUUAUGCCCAUCGACGUUGUCCCGGCUGCGUCCUCGCGUCCUGCAACCUCUUACUCCCUCGCUGGCCCAUCAAAUCAGUUGUUUCCUUCGAGCUUGGACGCACACGGGCUUGUAGAGUACAACCCGCACACAAGUGCAUUGGCGCCUUCUACUGCUAGCACUCAGCCGUUGCCGCCCGUUUCAGCCCGUAAAUCACAGAGUAAGGGAGCGAAGGCUAAGAAACCAGCCAAGGCCACCAAAGCCAGCACCAAAGCCAGCACCAAAGCCAGUCGAGCUGUGGCUUCAUCCGCAGCAGCUCCAGGACCCUCCUCUGGCGGAGCCAAUCGCAAGCGCGAGAGACCGACGGACGGCGAAGAUGCGACCGACGAAGGCGCAGAGAAGAAACAGAAGACGGAGUCCCAGGAUAAUGCCCCCAAUGUUCCCCUCCUCCCGUUGAUCGUGCGAUUCGGUCCGAUGUUAACUCCUGAACAUCCGUACCAGCCGGCAUCUGAUACGAAGCGCAAGGGAGAAGGCGUAACUAAGGGGCGCGCGAAGAAGCAAAAGACCGCUGCCGCCGCCACCGCCGCCUCCGCGCUUCCGACACCUGAGCCUGAGUUGCCGCCCACGAGAUCCGCCCCCUUCGUGUCGAAUAGCGCACCUGCGCUUCCGCCCGUGAGGGCCGUCUCCUUCGAGUCGACUCUCGGACUGGCGCUGCCUCUCGCAGGCCCCAGCUCGUCGUCUUCCCUGGCACAGCCGUACGAUGGCUCCACUGGCAUCUCUGCGGGCAACUUCUACAGUAACCUGCGCUCCUCGAACUCACAAAACGCUGUGUGGAGCUCGCCGUCGAGGCAACUCAUGGGCUCCGUCGUUUUCAGGCCGAGCAGUUCUUCUUUGGACGGCGCGUUGGGCGACCCUGGCUAUUUCGGCACCUUCGCCUCUCAAGCUACCCCUGUCCCUCGGGGCCGCUCUUCUGAACCCGGACCGGUCGUCUCAGCUUCGAGUCACGCCGCAUCGCUCGCUGUAACUACCGCAGCGGGACCUUCACGGAGCGCGGAAUGGCAACCGUCUUUCAACUCCGCGGCUGUAGUUCAGCCCAGCCGUAACGAAGAGGUUGAAGACGCUGACGAGUCGGACAUGGAGUCCCUCUUCGGCGGAGCCGAUGAUUAG